UACAUGACGCGUGAUUAGACUGCAGAAUUAAUAAAAUCUGAUUAAUGAAUUUCUGAAUGGUCCUUUGAUAAUUAAAACUUGGAAAGAGAAUUAUUUUUCUUGUUAUAUACCUGAUGUCUUCCACUAUGGUUCGCGCGCUAAAUGGAGGUGGCGCCAUCAUUACUGUUCAAUGCAAUGAAGAGGCGACGUUCAUUCGGAUUGACGUUGCGGAGGAUUCAACUCGCAAGCAGUAUUAUUUUGGGAAUUUUAUUUUGCCCCAAUUUACGAAUAUGAGUGCGAAAAUUGGUACAAAUAUGGCAAAUGGAACUUUGGAGGAGACAUCUACUAGGAAAGCUAUCCUGACUGUUGGAUUAAUUUUCCUAACUUCGUUGGCUGUGCUCUGCUAUGUUUACACAAGCUUUCCAGAACUGGCAGAAAAUGAGAAACAGCACAUGAAACUACCAUUGGACAUAGAUGAUGCCAAAAAUCUUGGAAAACUGCUGGAUAGAUACAAAGAACUGUAUUACUUUGAAGUUCUUACAGGACUGUUCAUCACAUAUAUAUUUUUACAAACGUUUGCAAUACCAGGAUCCAUUUUUCUUUCCAUAUUAUCAGGAUUCCUCUUUCCAUUUCCUAUCGCCCUGUUGUUGGUCUGCAUGUGCAGUGCUAUUGGAGCUACGCUGUGCUACCUUCUUUCCUCUAUACUUGGAAGAAAGUUAUUGUACAAAUAUUUUCCUGAGAAAGCUAACGAGUGGGCAAUAACGGUAACUAAGCAUCGGGAUCACCUCUUGAAUUACAUGUUAUUCCUGAGAAUGACACCGUUACUGCCUAAUUGGUUUAUAAACUUGGCGAGUCCUGUGAUAGGGGUGCCAAUGGUGCCAUUCACUGUAGGAACAUUUUUUGGUGUAGCACCACCAUCCUUCGUAGCCAUUCAAGCUGGACAAACAUUGCACAAGCUGACGUCCUCGCGUGACGCCUGGUCCUGGAAUAGUAUGAUAAUACUGUGUGUCUUUGCACUACUUUCCUUAGUUCCUGUAAUCUUUAAACAGACAUUUAGGCAAAAGUUCGAUUGAAUCGUACUCCAAUUAAUUAAUAUAACAUUCCCGCGAACAGGAAAACAUAGUAAAUUCAACGAUGGCAAGAAGUUAUUUAUUUCGUAGCGAUAUUUAUUUAUAUUUCCUCAACGCGCACGACAAGGGCUGGACGUGAGUCGGUGCUCAAAAUUUAAAUUCAAAUCGCCUACUGUAGACAAUAGGAUGUAUUAUAUUACCUUGCGUUUCCGUGUGAUCUUAGGUAACUAUUACUCCGUAACGGUAUAGCCUAAAACUUUAUUAUCGCUACAUUGUGUUCCUUCACGGUAAAUAUUUAGGAAACACUGUCCCCCUUUAUGGGAGAGACAUUAAUUGUAAAUAAUAUGAACAGUUCGAUGCGCUGCGUGCAGCCACGCUUGUAUAUGACUAUAGAAUAAUAUAUUUGCGUGUUAAUAAAAUAUCACGCGACAUAACUUG